ACACUUGUCUUCUGCCACUCUAUCUGUAAUCUACCUUUAGAGAGAGAGCACAGAAAUGGCACUACUGAGGAGGAUGAAAUUGGGUUCGCAAGGUCUGGAAGUAUCGGCACAGGGUCUGGGUUGUAUGGGUAUGUCCGCCUUCUACGGGCCGCCCAAACCCGAACCCGACAUGAUUGCCCUAAUUCACCACGCCAUCAACAAUGGCGUCACCUUCCUCGACACCUCCGAUGCCUAUGGCGACAACGAAAUUCUUCUCGGCAAGGCUCUGAAGGGAGGGAUGAGGGAGAAAGUGCAAUUGGCUUCGAAAUUUGCGGUCGUCCAUGUCGAUGGGAAGAUGGAAAUACGCGGCGAUCCGGCGCAUGUCCGUGCCGCCUGCGAGACGAGCUUGAAGCGGCUCGAUACUGAUUGUAUCGAUCUCUACUACGUGCAUCGCAUCGAUACUCGGGUGCCAAUCGAAGUCACGAUGGGAGAACUCAAGAAACUGGUUGAGGAGGGAAAGAUUAAAUACAUAGGACUAUCAGAGGCGAAUGCUUCAACAAUUAGAAGGGCACAUGCUGUUCAUCCAAUUACAGCUGUACAGAAUGAGUGGUCUUUGUGGGCAAGAGACUUGGAAACAGAAAUUGUUCCUACUUGCAGAGAACUUGGCAUUGGGAUUGUUCCAUAUAGUCCUUUAGGACGUGGAUUCUUUGCAUCAGGUGCCAAGUUGAUUGAGAACUUGACAGACAACGACAACCGAAAGAAUUUCCCUAGGCUCCAAGCUAAAAAUCUCGAGCAUAACAAUUAUGUAUUUGAGCGGGUUAAUGAAAUGGCAACGAAGAAGGGAUGCUCUCCGUCACAGCUAGCAUUGGCAUGGGUCCAUCACCAAGGGAAUGACGUAUGCCCCAUUCCUGGUACCACUAAGAUUGAAAACCUCAACAAGAAUAUUGCAGCUUUGUCUAUAAAACUAACACCAAAAGAAAUUACGGAACUUGAAUCUUUUGCUUCUGCUGAUGCUGUGAAGGGUGAUAGACAUGCUUCCAUGGCGUCUACCUGGAUAUAUUCAGACACUCCGCCUUUGUCUUCCUGGAAAGAAUAAAUUCAUGCCUUUUAGCGGCAGACACUCCGCCUUUGUCUUCCUGGAAAGAAUAAAAUCAUGCCUUUUAGCGGUGUACCUGUUUCACAUGUUCACCAUAUCAAAAUAUUUACAGAUAUAAUAAGCGACUUGAGUUAUUCCUUGCGUCCCAUGAACCAUGGUUUUAAAAUACACAAGCACAUGUAUACUGUGAGUCUGUGACAUUUGAAAUACAAAAACAGAGUAUCAAGGUGUUCCAGGAGCAA